ACCUCUGUCAGUGGACCCCCAGAAAUCGAGAGCUUGAUAAACAGUCGCGUGCGUGAUAGCGUCCCCCCAAAGAAAACGCCGAGAAAAUCCCGAGAAAACGCUGAGAAAACCCUGAGCAAACCCCGAGAAUCCCGAGUAGCCAUGACCAAGUUCGUGGUGGUGGGCCUGUGCCUGCUAGUGGCCUUCGGCCAGAUGGCUUCCGCCGUAACCGAGGCUCCGGAGGUGGAGCAGUCGACGGAGUCGCCCAUCGCCGACAUGGCGCUGAUUGCGGAGGCGCCAUUGGCCCCCAAGACGCCCACGGAGAAGCCGCCCGUGGUCGCCCAGGAGCCACCCCUUGUCACCGCCCAGGAGAAGGCCGCUCCGCAGCCGCACACGGUGGCCGACUUCAUCAUCCACCCGUUGAUCGCUUUUAAGCCGCGCCAGGCGACGCUGGAGGAGAUCCAGGGCAAGCAGGCGCCGGCCACUCCCGGCGCAAGUGCCCCCGCCUCGCCGGCCACCUGGCUGUUCGGCAUGAAUCCCGCCCAGCAGCUGGGCUCCUCCUUCUCCACGCUGGCCGGUUCCGUGUCCGGCUGGUUCAGCGAUCGCCUGGCGGCCGCCGGCCAGCAGAUUCCCGGCCUGGUGGAGACGCCGGUGCGCGGCGAUUCCGAGGCCAGCAGCAGCGGCAUCAGCGGCAUCAGCAGCACCACCACCACCUCGACCACCACCCAGCGACCCGAUAUUGUGGUGCGGGUGCAGCAGCGUCCCCAGCGGAACGGCAACCGAAAUGGCAAUGGAAUCCGAAACGGAAACGGCAACGGCAACGGCAAUCUGAACAACAACAACAACAGGCGGCGCCAGCAGAGACCCAACCGCUUCAACAACCGACUGGACUCCUUCGAGGAGGACUACUACGAGGACGACUACCUGCAGGGCAACCGCUUCGACGACGACGAGGACGAUUUGAGUCUGGAGCAGUUCGAGGACGAGGACUCCCUGGAGCUGCGUCCGCAGCAGAAGCCCAAGCAGAAGCCCAAGCGGAAGCAGACCCAAGUGCAGGCGCAGACCCAGAAGCAGCGCAGGAAGUUCCAGCAGGAGGAGCAGGUGGCCGUCACCCAGAAGCGUCGUCAGCCGGCGACGACGAGCAAGAAGCCCAAGGCGCCGAAGAAGCCAGUGGUCGUUGAGCAGCAGGACGAGGAGGAGGAGAACGAGGAGGAUGAGGAGGCCAACAACGACGACGACGAGGAGGAGGAUCAGGUCCAGGACGACGACAGCCAGGAGCAGGACUUCCAGCCCGAGCCCCUCUUCGCCACCACAUCCACGCGUCGCAGCCAGAACCAGCCGAACUUCAUCCAGCGCGGCCAGCAGAGCAUCAUCAGCCAGAUCCGGCAGUUCACCCGCGGCCAAACGCCCGGCGAGCUGGGCACCACCCUGCGCCGGACCUCCGCCUCCUCCCCAUCCUCGUCGGGCUCCCAGGGCCGCCGGCCGCAGCAGGGCACAACCUUCCUGGUGAACCGCAACGGACAGACCGUCUACCUGGCCCCCGAACUGCUCGGCCUGAACAGCUCCCCCUACCCCUACGCCUAUGUCCAGGGGCAGCCCAAGAAGCAGCGCGUGCCCGUCGUGGGCGGGGCCUUCCCCCAGCCCCCCCUCACGGUGCCCGUGCGACGCCAGGGACGGCCCACCCAGUACAUCACCAUCCCGUGGAGCCAGCUGGGACUCUCGCCGCCGGACCAGCAGUCGCCGGUCUCGCUGGCCGAGGGCCUCCAGGCCCAGCCCCUCAUCCUGAACAUCCCGCAGAGCGCCAUCAGCCCGGUGAGGAGCACCAGCGGCGGGCAGAAGAAGCGGCGACCCCAGCUGACCCCCGCCGCAGUGCCCCUGCUGGCGGACGCCUCGCUCAUGGACAUCUUCCAGCCGCCCCAGAUCCCGCCCUCGCGCACCGGAGCCCCCUCCCCGGUUGCCACCAAGCCCAUCUCCGCCCAGCCCGUGCUGAUCGCCGCCAAGCCCGUGAAGGCCGGCGGCCUGGGCCUGCCCACCCGCAUCCGACCCGGAACGAUCGUGGAGAAGGCCCCGGCCAUGGAGGUGGUCGAGGCGGCGGAGCAGCCCGCGAUGGAGGCCACCGAGGUCAAGCAGGAGCAGGAGGCGAUGGCCGGUGUGGAGGCGGCGGCUGGCAGCUGCUCCCCCGCCGAGCAGCAGGAGUUCAUCCUGGUGGGCGAUGACGACGAGCCCGGUCUGACCCGUCAUGUCCAGCCCGCCUUCGGCGAUGCCCGCUACGUGUCCUACGGCGACUUCCAUCCCUACUUCGACCUGCUGCACCAGAACAGGCGGUUCGCGUUGAGGAAGAGCGGCAGGUCGCUGGAGCAGCCAAAGGAGGAGGUUCACAAGGAGGAGGUUCAGAAGGAGGAGGUUCAGAAGGAAGAAGUCCCGAAGGAGGAAGUCCGGAUGGAGGAAGUCCAGAAGGAGGAAGUUCAGAAGGAGGAGGCCCAAAUCGAAGAGGUCAAGAAGGAGGAGAUCAAGCAGGAAGAGAUCAAGAAGGAAGAACCCCAAAAGGAGGAAAUCAAAAAGGAGGAGCCCCAGAAGGAGGAGAUCAAACAGGAGGAACCCAAAAAGGAGGAGAUCCAAAAGGAGAAGCCUCAACCUCUGGAGCAGUCAAAACUCCCAGCAUAAUUCUGUAAAAUCAUAGACCCCCCCUCGAAAAAAAACGAACCCAAACGAACGAAAUAAUGAAGAAAACAAAAGAAAAUAACAAACAAAACCAAAACCAAACGAUUUUCAAUCCCCGUGAAAA